GAAGACCUCUUUUCUUUUUUUUUCCCCCCUACAGCCUAUUCCUCUUGCCCCGUCCCCGCCAUAUAUUCUCCGUACCCUUUCCUAGAAUCCCUACCGAGACAGUAGCCCUCUCCUUACCCUCCCGUACCUACCAUCCCUCACAUAUUGUAUAUCAAUCACAAUGCCCGACCCUGGCACCCUUUUCGAACUCGAGGAUGUACGCCCGUGUCCCGCUUCGUUUCCUUCCAUCCAAUAUCAAACUGACCACCACCUAUGACAGGCCCGACGGAAGAUCGCGACCUCCAAUGCUCUCCUUGCCUACCGCGAGGCGUGCGCAGAAACUCUCGUCAUCGAGGCAGACGAAGAGCAACGAAAAAUCCGCGCCCAAUUGAUAAUCCUAGAAGCUCGGUAUGAGAAGUUGUAUCAGGAGUAUUCCGAGGACAAGGAUUAUUUAGAACAAGUCGAACCAGCGCUGAAAGAGGUGUAUGCGUCCUUACGCUGGCACGAGGACGCGGUUGCUAGGUAUAAGGUCAAGAAUAAAGUGUUGAAGGUUAGUUUCUUCACCCUCCAUUGGCGAUCGGUUUGUGGCUGACCGCUCCAUUGUGGUCUAGGAGAAAUGCCAACGGAAUCUUGCCGGUGAACAGAAACAGCAAGAGGCUGAGGUUGCGGUUCUGCGAGCAUCACUAGAGGAAGCGCUUGGUUCGAAGAAAACGCUGCAGGAGCGUAUCCUGCAAUUAGGAGAUGAGCUCCUGAGUGCUACUGCGAAGAAGUCCGCUCUGGACACCAAGCUAUCAAAGCGCAAGGAGGAGGUUGAAGCCUACAAGAAGAGCACCAACGCCCUAAAAGCGCAGUCAACAGAGUGGGAAGAGAAGCACCGGGGAAGCGCCGCGGAACUCCAAUCUCUUCAACAAGAUGUUUCCACCCUCCGAGUAGACUUGCAAAAACAGCAACAAACAACCGCCGCAGAGAACCAGUUGCUUGAGCAAGAGGUCACCACCCUGCGCUUGGAACUGGAGAAAACUCAAGCAGCUCUUAAGCAAGCAAGUGAACUUGCCGCCACCGAGAUAGAAAAAGACGGCAAACGCAAAUCCCAGGAGGUUGCAGACCUCAAAGUCGCCCUCCGCAGGGAAACGAAAGCCCGCGAAAAGGCCGAAAAAGACCUCGCCAAGUCCAAAGAAGACUGGCAAGCCAAGCAUGAAGUCCUCGAGUCAAAACUCGAAAGCACCCGAAGUAAACUCGUUGCCUUAAAAGCCUCCUCCGCCUCUAUACCUCCCCUAGCUCCAGCUCCCGCUUCUGCUGCAGCAACAACGGGCACAUCCUCAGCAACAUCGGUAGCCACCAAACUCCCCGUCCAGAAUCCCAAAAAGCGUGCUUCAACCUUAACCAUGGAGGACCUCGAACUCUCCGCCAAACGACGGCGCAGGACUCCACCGAAGACAUCGGAGUUUAGCAUAACGCCGUUCCUAAAGCGCCAGACUGCCGCGGCGGACACCUCCGUUGCAAACGCCACUACCAUCUCAACCGCUACAGCUGCAGCAGCCGUAACCAGCGAAGCAGAUGCCCCAGAAGCCCCAGAGGCGGGUGAAACAACCAUGAUUCCAGCCCUAAUCGAAUCCAAAAAGCCCACCAAAAUCCUCCUCGCUGGUGCAAACCGAAAGCGCAAAGACAAAAACCCUACCGCCGAGUCCGGCAUCCCCGAGGCAACAGCAGCAGAAGAAGUGGUAAAACCCAAACCGAAACCGAAACCGCGGAAGCGAAAACCCGCCGCCGCAAAGGCUCUAUUCACCGAGGACGAUGGUAGCGGAAGACUUACGCUUGCGCCUCUGGCUGAGAGUCAGGAGUUGCCUACUCCACAGAUAACAGCGACGGUAGCGGCCGCGGGGGGGAAGAAGGGGAAGAAGGCUAGUGGAGGAGAUUUGGUGGGUGCCCUGGUGGGGAGCGCGAGUUUGUUCGCGCCUAGCGUAUCAGCGUUCAAUAGUGAAUUCUCACCCGCGAAGAAAAGGCCUGAGGGGCUGAAAAAAUUGUUUGGUGGGAAGAAGCAGUAGUUUUUUCUCCUUCCUCUUGCAUUAUAUGGCGGCGUUUCGUCUGGGUCGGAUUUGAUACUAUUUUCGCCUGUGUGUUUGGGACAGAUCUGUUUGGUUGGUUAUGUGAAGGAUUUAUCUGUAUUAAUUUUAACUAUGGCGGUGGUGGUGGCGAUUCUUUAAGCUUUAAAUACCAGUAUCAUAGAAGAGUUCAAUGCAGGGUUUGUUUUAGUUG